UCGCGGGGUGUGGCCGCUCCUUCUCCCUCCGCUUCCGCCGCCGCCGCCGCGGCCGCGCCGUGGCCCCCGAGCCGCGCUGAGCCCCGGCCCCGCCGCUCAGCCCCGGCCAUGGCGGCUCCGCUCCCCUAGCCGUGCCCGCCAUGCCCAGCGGAGCCGCCGAGGCCAGCGAGGCCGCCGAGCCGCCGCUGCUGCUGCUCCAGCAGCGCCUACAAAGGCUCGGCCUCCGCCAGCCCGGCGCGCUGGAGCCGCCCGGGAAGGAGCAGGAGGAGGACGGCGGAGAGGCGGAGCUGAGGGAGGAUGAGGGCGAGGAGGACGAAGGCGAUGCGGCCGCGCUGUUGCUCCCCUCGCCGCUGUUCCCGGCUGCGCUGCCGCCCGGGCUGGGCGCUGCUGAGGGGGCGGCCGGGGCGCGGGGGAUGAUGGCGGCGGUGCUGCCCCACGCCUUCGGCGGGGCUCCGGCCACGGGCGGCGAGCAGACGGCGCUGCUCCGCAGGAAGAGCGUCAACACCACCGAGUGCGUGCCCGUGCCCAGCUCCGAGCAUGUGGCCGAGAUCGUGGGGCGCCAGGGCUGCAAGAUCAAGGCUCUGCGGGCCAGGACCAACACCUACAUCAAGACGCCGGUGCGCGGCGAGGAGCCGGUGUUCGUGGUGACCGGCCGGCGCCAGGACGUGGCCACGGCCAAGCGGGAGAUCCUGGCGGCGGCCGAGCACUUCUCGCUGAUCCGGGCGUCCCGCGGCAAGGGCGCGGCUGCGGCGGCGGCGGCGGCGGGGCCGUGCUGCGCGGCGGCGCUGCCGGGACAGACCACGGUGCAGGUGCGUGUGCCGUACCGCGUGGUGGGGCUGGUGGUGGGGCCCAAGGGAGCCACCAUCAAGCGCAUCCAGCAGCAGACGCACACCUACAUCGUGACGCCGAGCCGCGACAAGGAGCCGGUCUUCGAGGUGACGGGCAUGCCCGAGAACGUGGACCGGGCGCGGGAGGAGAUCGAGAUGCACAUCGCCAUGCGCACCGGCGCCUUCCUGGAGCUGGGCGGCGACGCCGACUUCCGCCACAACGGCACCGACGUCGGCUCCGAGGGCGGCCCGGCCUGGCUCGGCGCCCGCCCCGCCGCCGCCCGCGGCAGGAUGGGCUCCGGCUACCGCAACGACAGCUCCAGCUCGCUGGGCAGCGGCUCCACCGACUCCUACUUGGGCGGCAGCCGCCUGGCCGACUUCAGCCCCACCAGCCCCUUCGGCGCCGGCGGCUUCUGGUUUGGGGAGGCGCUGCCCGCCGCCGAGGAGCUGGCGCUGGACUCGCCCGCCUUCGAGCCGCUGCCCGCGCCCUCCCCGACCGUCUGGGCCCGGCCGGAGCCCGCGGCCGCCCCGCCGGGGCCGUGCGGCGAGCCCGGGGCCGUGCGGCGCAGCAGCCGGCCCCCGACGCCCCGGCUGUCGCCCACCUUCCCCGAGGGCCCCGAGCCGCCGCCGUCCCGGCGGGUGCAGGGCGAGCAGCCCGGGCUGCCCCUCUACAUCCCCGCCUUCUCCAACGGUACCAACAGCUACUCCUCGUCCAACGGCGGCUCCGCGUCCAGCUCGCCGCCCGAGUGCCGCCGCCGGCACGAGUGCGUGGUGUGCUUCGAGAGCGAGGCCACGGCCGCCCUGGUGCCCUGCGGCCACAACCUCUUCUGCCUGCAGUGCGCCGGCAGGAUCUGUGGCAGGGCCGCGCCCGCCUGCCCCGUGUGCCACAGCGCCGUCACGCAGGCCAUCCAGAUCCACUGCUGAGCGCUCGCCGCUGCUCGCCGCCGGGCUUGCCUGGCGCCGGGCCGGGAGCCUGCCAC